UGAACGGGGCCCCCGCCCCCCUUGACUCGCUGACCAGGGUGGGACGCCUCCCUCUCCUCUGGCUUGUAAGAUUCUUACCUCCUCUGACCUACGGGACACCUCCCCCCUCCGACUUAGGAGAUACUCCCUCGUGUGACUGCAGGACCACCCCCUCUGACCUGGGGGACUCGUCCCACCUUCUGACUGGCGCGGCCCACCACCCCCUCUGACUGCAGGACUCCUGGCCCCUCGGACUAGGCUGGGACAUCACCCCCUCUGAGCCUGGAGGAUGCAUUCCCUUCCUGAGGCUUAACUACCCUUGAGGACAACCCUCUCCUGCCCGCUGUGGUUUCAUUACCAGCCUCUCUGACCUCUGCAAGGCUUCUCCUGACCAGUUAGGGAACCCCUCCCCUCUCUGACUGGCACUUUGUCACACCUGCAGCAGGUCAGCGUCCCCCACCCCAGCAGGCCUUCCUCUCCUUCCCCUCUUUCCUUUUGCGCCCAGACUGUCUGCCCUGCCCCCUCUUCCCCCUCACUUCCCCACCUUCUGGUCAGUAUGGGCUCCAUUCCUAGGACAGGCGCUUUGCCCAUCCCUGUGGCUUGUUGUGACCCUUGCCCUCGCGUCCCUAGGCUUGGCAGGCCCCCUUCCGUUUGCCGCACACGUCUUUUUCCCAGGCACCUGAGGGGGGAGACAGGUGCCUCUUAGCACUCCAGCUCUGGUUCCUAUGCCUGCCUCAGGGUAUGUGCUUGACAUCUUUUCCCACCCAAUUCUGAGCAAAUUGUAGAUGUGGGAGCCCGCAUCUGCUGAGGUCGAGUGAAUCUUGCUGGCCUCUCUGUCUAAGGACCAGACCUUAACAAGAGCACGGGGUCUCCGGGGUCCAUGAAAAGGAAGCGGGUGCUGCAGCCCUUUAGGAGCCCUGGGGUCUCUGGGCCUCGCCCUCCUCUCCCUUUGAGGAGCUUGAUUGAGAAAAAUCUUCCUGGGCUGGGCUGUGGGCCUUCCUCCAGCCCCCAGCCUCACCCUACAGGCCUGCCUACAGCCCAGCCUGAGCCUGUGGGCUCGGGAGGGCUCCUCCCAGAACAGCCAGCAAGCAUCCUGCCCCUGGGGCGCCUCCCGGCCGGCCUCAAUAAACCCUCUAUUCGGGCUGAGAGGCACGCCGACCAGCCAGCCACUCCCUCGGCACUUGGUAGGGGUGUUCUGUCCUGAGAGCGUCUUUGGGAGAGGACUCAGGGCAGAGGCGUUGGUCAGGCGCUGUCCGCAGCCUCUGCAGUGGUCUGGGGCCAGGAUUCUCUGUCUUCUCACCUUUUCUCAUCCCAGUUAACCUGAUCUCACAAGGCACUGUGACGUCACAGGGUGGUGGAGGAAAUCCCCUUCAGGCAAGUAUGAUCCUUCCAUUCCUUCUGUUAGCUGAGAGUCUGCUUUCUUCCCCCUAAAGAUGUUACCCAAAUGUAGUUCACCCCUUAUUUUCAUAGCCCACAGCAGUGAUGUGUUUAAGCUGUCGAUACUUGAGGGAUUUCUUACCUGCCAGUCUGAAUGCACCCUGCGCGUGUGCCCAGCCUCCCGGAGCCACAGAGGUGGGGAGGCGGGACCCAGGGUGCAGGAGGAGCGGCUGUUUCCGCCCCACUCCCUGAAUGUGGCCUUUGAGGUGAGCACUUCGGGCUCCCACACACACACCCCUUUCAUCUGAGUCUCGGGACUUCCCAGCAGCAACGUGGCGGUCCUCGUGGCAGCUGUGGAGGGUAGGUGGACACAUGCUCUAGUGUGUUCUCCUUCAGAAACAGAGUACCUCAGAUCUGGGAAUGUGGUCUGGAGUCCUGAAAUGGGUCUACACUGUGAUAAGUCAUUUCUCUAUCGUUCAGAUGAUUGUGGAACGGUACCUAGGACAUUGCGGGGAAAAAGAUAGUGAUGUUACUUUUCCCUUCAGUAACACUCUGGACUGUGGAGAUUCCUGAAAAGAUCUUUUUAAAUGCCAACAUUAGGGGAAUCGAAAACUUUCAUAUUGAUGUUUAACGACCUCUGUGUUGAUUUCCUGUUUCACUAGACCAAGAUGAUCAAUUAGAAAAAAAAUAAUCCUGAUGAUAGAGAAAUCUGUUUGGGAAGGUGUUCAGUUUUCCCGUUUCUUUUGCUUUUUUUUUUUUUCUUUUUAUCCUACUUGUUUUCCUGUAGUAGGUCCAGUCAUUAAGUGGAACUCACAGCUUCAGGUUCUGAAGCAGAGCCCGACUUCCAUUCGUGUUCAGCUGGAGGAACAAUCCAUGGGGAAUGAGGCAGGAAUAGGGCUCCAUACAGCAGUGUGCAGAUGGGGCCAGACCUGCUACUGGUGUUUCUGCGGGUGUACCCCGGAGCUGGAACAGUGACCCGGAUGGGAGAUUGGACAAGUACAGACUGAGAAGGAGCCAGCAGAGCAGGUCCCGCCUGCCCUUCAGUCUGAUGCCCGUCCAGCUCUCCAGCCCCCCGGAAUGGAAUGAGUCUAUGCACUCUCUCCGGAUCAGCGUGGGGGGCCUUCCCGUGCUGGCGUCCAUGACCAAGGCCGCGGACCCCCGCUUCCGCCCCCGCUGGAGGGUGAUCUUGCCGUCCUUCGUGGGCGCUGCCGUCCUCUGGCUGCUGUACGCCCACCGCCCUCCUCCUGGCCGGCCCCCCCUGCCCAAUGCCCACAACUGGAGGCUCGGCCAGCUGCCUGCUGCCCGGUACAAUGACACCUACCCGCUGUCUGUCCCCCAGAGGACAACGGGCGGGACGCGAUACCGGAUCGCCGUUAUCGCCGACCUGGACACAAAGUCCAGGGCCCAGGAGGAGAACACCUGGGUCAGUUACCUGAAGAAGGGUCACCUGACCCUGUCAGACAGCGGGGACCAGGUGGCUGUGGAAUGGGACCAAGGCCAUGAGGUCUUGGAGUCCCACCUGGCGGAAAAGGGGCGGGGCAUGGAGCUGUCAGAUCUGAUCGUCUUCAAUGGGAAGCUCUACUCAGUGGACGACCGGACAGGCGUGGUCUACCAGAUCGACGGCUCCAGGGCCGUGCCCUGGGUCAUCCUGUCCGACGGUGACGGCACUGUGGGGAAAGGCUUCAAAGCCGAGUGGCUGGCCGUGAAGGAUGAGCAUCUGUAUGUGGGCGGCCUGGGCAAGGAGUGGACCACCGCCACGGGGGAGGUGCUGAAUGAGAACCCGGAGUGGGUGAAGGUGGUGGGCUGCAGAGGCAGCGUGGACCACGAGAACUGGGUGUCCAGCUACAACGCCCUGCGGGCCGCUGCUGGGAUCCGGCCGCCAGGCUACCUCAUCCACGAGUCCGCCUGCUGGAGCGACACGCUGCAGCGCUGGUUCUUCCUGCCGCGCCGCGCCAGCCACGAGCGCUACAGCGAGAGGGACGACGAGCGUCGGGGCACCAACCUGCUGCUGAGCGCCGCCCAGGACUUUGGGGACAUCACCGUGCGGCACGUGGGGGCGGUGGUCCCCACCCACGGCUUCUCCUCUUUCAAGUUCAUCCCCAACACCGACGACCAGAUCAUCGUGGCCCUCAAGUCCGAGGAAGACGGCGGCCAGAUCGCCACCUACAUCAUGGCCUUCACGCUGGACGGACGCUUUCUCCUGCCCGAGACCAAGAUCGGCAGUGUGAAGUAUGAGGGCAUAGAGUUCAUCUGAACUGAGAAAAGUCAAGAUGACGAGCAAGGCCGAGGGGUGGACAGUUUUAAGCUACGUCAGGACUCAAGUUUUAUAAAAAACCCAAGGACUGCACUUUCAUGUGAUUAGUUUAUCUUUCUGUUUUGUUUUGUUUUGUUUUUUUGAACUCUUGAGGUGUGUGCCUGGUUUAGAAAUUUCCAGAAUUGGGAGCUCAGCCCCAGCCUGAGAAUGUGGCUUCUCAGAGGGGAACGGAAGUGGCGGGGUGGUGGGGUAUCCCAGAACUACAGGCUGGACAUUUCCCUGCGCUGCCACCUGGUGGUUGAAGCUAAUCAUUGCAGGCAUCUUGAUUCGGCUCUUUCUUCCAUCUGACCUCCUUUUCUUUUCUCUCCAUUUCUUCUUCUGUUCAAUAAAUAUUUCUUGAGCUCCUACUGUGUGUCCAGCACUGUGCCCUCUCUGGGAACCCAGCAGUGAGUCUGAAGUGGGGCUGACAGCUUGGCGCUCCUGGGCCACCCCUCAUCUCUCCCUUGUGAACCUCAGGCAUUAAAUUCACCCCUCCAGGCCCCUGGAAAAGAACCUGUUUAUACUGCAGGACCUCACAGGGCUGUGAGAGCAAGGUCAGGCCUCCGGGAACACGUCUGCUCAAAGUGCCACAAGAGAGGACACAGGCCCACCGUCUGCCCCCACGUCAAACUUCUCCAUUCAAGGGACUGGCCUUGUAUUCUGUCUUCAGGAAAAUUCUAUGUGUGCGUAGCACUUUGAAGUUUUAAUUAUUAGCUUAUAUAUUAAUUAAGUUUCCUUUCUUAUAAAAUGGAAUCGGCAAAUCUUAUCAAGAGCAAAGUCCUGUAUUUAAGAAAUUCAUUCCCAGCAGUGAAGAAAAUGGUAAUUAAGAAGUUACAGUUGGUAAGGCAAGUUUUCAAGCAUUUCUAAGUCCUUGGCCAAAGGAUACAGUGAUAAGGAUACAAUACCUUUUUCUGGCAAUUAUCAGAAAUUGCCAUUCCUUGAAAGACUUCUGUGAAUGACUUGAAUGUGUAAUUCCUGAGUCAAGAGGGGCCCCAAGUUCUGGCAAGCCUGCACCUGGCCCCCGACGCCGGGGCUCCCUUACCCUGGAGUUUGUGGACAAGGCCUGCCUGGUCCAGCAGUUUCUGCCCUGGCCUUUUAUUUCUCCACUUCCCUGUGGGAGUUCUGCAGCCUUUUCUUUGUAGAAAUGUCACAGAAACUUUGGCAUGCCUUAGUCCCUGUGGUCUCUUCUCCAUACCCCAGGGUAAAGGUGGAGGGUUUCAGACACAGGUCAGCCAGAACCACAGCCUAGAAGGGCCAUCACCAUCAGCCCAUGGUGCCCCUCACCCAGAAGCUACCUCACCUCUCAGGAGAAUGUAGGAUUUGCGAUGGCCAGGAAGUGCCGUGUUUUAGGCUCUGGCUGUUGCCUUGUGAACCCCCGUUUCAUAGACUUUUCCCACUUUGGAAUUUUAAUACAAAUGCUUGGAGGGGACCCAGGAAGGAUCCCUCUUUCCUGCACUGGUUGUUUCUUCCACUAUAAAACGAAUGGCAGAAGAACAGAAAACAGGGUUUUGAACAGACAUGUCUCUCUAGAACUCAGCUCCCACUGUACACAGUCUGAAGGCCCAAGUCUUUUCUGACUUUGCUUUCCUGGGCUCCCUGACCCACCUCCUUGAUAAAUAUCCACGACAUUCAGGGCUGUGUGAUAUUAAAAAUACCAGAGAUGAAAUUAGGAAGGUUGGAGGACUAGGGAUAGUCACUGGGUUGAGAUCUAAGACCCAGGUGCCCAGAAGCUCCAUUUUCACACAGUCAGUGAUUUUCAAGUAUUUUAAAGCUAGACUUUACCCCCACCCCCACCCCAUUCGCUGCUGUAAGCAUAAUGAUUGUGUUCCUUCCUACUGGAACCAUUGUUUUGUAAACAAUAAAGUGAAUUCUCUUUGUC